UUCCGUCGACGCUUUCUCGACGAGGUCGAUCAUCGGUCUUUUUCUUCUGUCUCUCUCUUGCCUUCCCUCUCUUCAUCCGCGAGAUUCCGUUUUGUCCGGUGAAAAACUCGUCCGAAUCGCGAUAUCACCGCGAGAUUCCGAUAACCUCUCCUGUCCUGAGAAUUUCUGCCAUCUGCUAAAACCGCUGCCAAUUUCGCCGUCCAACGAACGAUCGUUUAUUUUCGAAGAAUUUUCGUGCCCGGUCGCGCGCCAACCGCAUCUCACGGAAGAGAGAGAGAGAGAGAGAGAGAGAAUCUCACGCCAGUUUUCGGCAAGAUCGGAUAUUUUCGAGGAUUGCGUCGCGUGACGUCGAUCACGACUGAUACGGCCACGGAUAUUAUCGCGUCUAAACGUGCGAACAAUUUGCAGAGCCAGUGCAGCUAGAUUUGGUUGAUCGACAUUUCAACACGAAGAAUAUUUAUUAAUAUAGACAAAGUUUUUAUCCACUGACAUCUUGGAUAAGAGUUAAAAUAGAGUGGGAUAUUUCCUUGGAGAAGAGUAAAUAAGAUACUUGGAGAGCUAUUAAUUCCUGUAAUCAGAGAAUGUCUGGAAAUAUUGAUAGUUUUAACAAUAAUACCUGUGUGGUUUGCUACAAGAAUGUUGACAUCUAUAGUAUUGGCAUGUGCGAGCAUCCUGUGUGUUACGAGUGCAGCACCAGGAUGAGAGUGCUCUGUCGCCAAAACGAGUGUCCCAUUUGUCGACAGGAUCUACCAAAGGUUGUGUUCACAAGAGAGAUCAAACCCUUCCAUAGUUUGACUACAACAAACCUGCUAGAUACUCGAUAUGACAUCUACUUCACUAAUCUUGACAUCCAAGAAAAAUUCACUGAAUUGUUAGCCAAUACCUGCUCGAUAUGUGAGGAAAAGCUAGUAUUUAGCAGUUUCAAUAGUUUGAAAGAUCAUAUGCGACACCAACACAUACUAUAUUAUUGUGAUCUAUGUGUAGAGAAUUUAAAGAUAUUUUCGCAUGAAAGGCGUUGUUAUACGAGAGUGAAUUUAGCUACUCAUCGGAGAAAAGGUGACAUUGAUGAUAAGAGCCAUAAAGGUCAUCCACUCUGCGAAUUCUGCGAUCAACGAUACAUGGACACUGAUGAGCUAUACCGACAUUUGAGACGCGAUCACUUGUACUGUCAUUUCUGCGACGCGGAUGGUUUGCAUCACUAUUACAGCUCGUACGACUGUCUUAGAGAUCAUUUUCGUCAAGAGCACUAUCUGUGUGAAGAGGGAGUGUGCGCGGAGGAGAAAUUUACGAGUGUUUUCCGAACCGAUAUAGAUCUCAAGGCGCAUAAGGCCAGCGUUCACGGCAAGCAGUUGAGCAAAGCUGCAGCUAAGCAAGCAAGAACAUUAGAAUUGGAGUUUACUUUAGCGCCACGUGGUGAAAAUCGAAUGAAUAGAAGAGGUAUGCUGGGCGCGUCCACGUCCAGAAACACGAGGGAUUUCAACGGUAGAGAUUAUAAUUCAAGGGAUUAUCAACAAACCUCGAUACCAAGUGGAUCCAAUUCAUUUACGUCCAACAACGAACCUACCUUUAUGAGACAACCUUCCGUAGAUGUGCAAAGCACCGACGAGUUCCCGACCUUAGGUGGUAGUGCCGCCGCUCCUGUCGUUCCCGCUUUGACUCAGACCAAGAGCAGAGGAAACGUAACGAUUCGCAGCACCGUAAGAAAUCAACCGCUCGCUGUAACAGAUGAGAACUUUCCUGCGUUAGGCUUAGACUCGGCUGGUCCUGGUAUUUCGAAAACUGUAAACUUCAGCGUUUCCAGCAGCAGUAACGCCUCGGGAUCCAGCGGCAUAGCACAGUGCCAGAAAGCUUCCGCAUCGUCGAACGUUUCUAUUCAAGUGAACCACGAGCCCAACGGUACUGUUACUACGAGAGUGUCUGGACCCAACAUUAGGAUACGUCCCGCGCAAUUGUCAAUAGAUUCCGAUUUCCCGGCCUUGGGUGGCACCGAACCGUCUACCAGUACUGCCAAUUCGACUCAGUGGAAGGAAGUUCUUCAGUGGACCUGCUCGAAAUCGACACCGGCGAACGCACCAGUGAAAUCCAAGAAAGUCGCACCGCCACCUUCGAUACCCUCGCCACCGCCCAUUCAGUCCGGCGAGGAUUUUCCUAGUUUAACUUCUAAAUCGUCAAAAUCGAAAAAGCAAUCGAUUAUCACGGUAGUGCCAUCCUGGGGACAGAAUUCACAGAAUACAAAUAACUCACAGAUUUCUAGCGCUAGCAACAAUGCAAAAACGACGGACCAGACGAAGGGCAGGACAAAAAAGAAAAAAGCGAAGCAGGCUUCGAGUGGUAACAGCUCGAGCGGAAACGAAUCUAAUAGUUCUAAGUCGAAUGUAAAAACUGUUACGAAGAAAGAAGUUGAAGAACUGACCGAUGACUUAGACAAUUGUUACAGUGUAUCCAAAGAGAAUUUGAAAACCACGCGAAGCUUUAACGAGGCAAGCAGUGAUUCGUCCAAGAUUACAAGCGUGCGGAAUUCGAAAGAACCGGAACACGCGAAUAAGAAGGACAAAAGAAAAAGCAAAAGCUACGCGGACGGAAGUUCCAGCGUUGCGACAGUUAUAAAUACGGAAACCGGAAGCAACGCUUCCAUGAAUGGAGAGAAGCAACGAAAACGCAGCGAGCUCAAGAUAGACAGCCUGAAUACGACCAACAAUAAUAUUCAUCGAAUGGAGGACUUUCCCGCAUUGGACAGCACCAGCAACAGUAGCAGACCACCGGGUUUCACGAAUCCGCCACCUGGUUUUGCUUCGUCGACCCUGCCGCCACCGGGUUUCACCAUCAAGUACAACAGCAUCGACAAAUUGCAUGGCAGCAAUGGUUUGACAUUCACAAAUAGCUCCGGCGAAAGCUAUUCUAUCCUACCGGACAACAAUAGUAGUAAGCACACCGCUUAUUACGUAUGGCCGCCAGAUUUUCACAAACGAAACACCUGUCUGGUGGCAAAACUGAACGAGGUCCUCAUCGAGCAAGACAAGAUCAAGGAAUUUCGUUACGUUAGCGGCCUCUUUCGCGAAGGCACUUGCGACGCCCAAGAAUACUAUACGCAUUGUCGCGAAGUUAUGGGAGCCAACGCCUUCGAGAACGUAUUCCCUGAGCUUUUGGUACUAUUGCCGGAUAUUGUCAAGCAACAGGAACUAUUCAAGGUAUACAAAAAGGAAAUUGGCGGCAAAACGAAGGGACUGGAGAUGUGCGUGACGUGUGGCCAGAUUCUCAAGAACGGUACGGAUUUUAAAACGCAUAUGUCUAGUCAUAUGCUAGAGAAUCACUUCCCGGUGCUGGGUAAUAAGAGCAAUACGCCACCGCCAAAGAAUACGUGGGUACGUAAAUGAGCCGACUUACACUUCCUUGUCGGUCAUCGUCGUCGUCAUUUUCCAAGACUCGUGCGAACCAGAUGUCGGCACUGAAACAGUUGUAAAUAUCGCUUUUAUUAUUUUUAUCACCAUCCCGAGAUAAUCUUUAUUGCAUAUUCAGAGUUUUUAUCUCUACACGAGAAUACGUGCGUAAUAUUUAUUCCAAGAGUCAAUCAAUUCUUAUUAAUGUUAAAACGACUUGUGCGUAGAAUUAAUGCUGAUUAGUCGCUAUAGAAUUAAUACUUGUUGAGUAAAUUAUGAGACAAUGAAAUAAAAAAGAAAAAAGUAUACCAGAGUUUUUAUGGACGGUUGUAUUAAUGAUAUAAUGCUUCAAGACGCAAUUGACGUGAUAAGAAUUUUU